AUGACUUUGAAAAUUGGUGUGAUUGGUCCUGCUGGAUUUGGAGGAUCUUAUCUCUGCAUCGAGUUGCUAAAUCGUGGUCACCAGGUCUUUGGCAUAUCGAGAGCACCUCAAAAGUUAGGAGCUCAUCAACUAUAUACACCGGUUUCGGCAGACGUCAAUGCCCUAAGUAUAGUCGAGCUUGCAGAAGUAUUCAAUGGUUUGGAUGUCGUGGUCAACCAAUAUGGCCCUCACAGCGCUGGGCAUGAGGCACUACAAUACAUGCCGUUUCUUGAAGUCACAAGGAAGAUCGUUCUAGCUAUCAGGUUAGCGAAAGUUGGCUACUUUAUAAUGGUUGGUGGUUGUGGGAGUCUAUUCAUGCCAGGCUCAUCAGAGAGAUGCGUUCUCGAGGACAAAGAUUGGUGGAUGUCAUACCGUCGCGGAAUCGCAGACAGUGAGGCUCAUACGUCUUAUAUGGAAGAUCGGCUGGGUCCGAUGGGCUCGGGUUUACGUGCCUACCGUAAUGCUCGAAUCGCCAAAGCAUCUGGAAACACUUCUGAUGAAACCGAAAAGGUCAUCGAGGAGUACGAGGGAUACGUGCGUAGUAACGACAAGGCCCUUGUAUUUGUUACAGCAUGUCGUACCAGCUUUAUGUUUUUUGAUGGAAACACCGCAUUCCCUUGGACGUUCGUAUCUCCUCCCGCACUUUAUCGCCCGGGUCGGAGAACUGGAGCCUACGAUACUCAAUUCGACGUGUUACCGGUGAAAGGAGACGAAAAGGAUCCCAAGAAUCUUGAUGGUCGGUUACAUGGGAUUUCAGCUUCGGAUAUGGCUAUUGCCAUUGCAGACGAGGCCGAGGGCAAGGAAAAGAAGUGGAGGCAUUGGACAGCUUUUGCUGAUAUGUCAGAUGAUACGCCGACACCUAGCUACUUAACUUUAUAA